GCUGGUAACCCAGCUCAGCUGUCUGCAAUUGACAUUCCGUAUCCGUGGACGUUUCUCCAACCGGAUUAUCGUCGUAUCACUUACUAGCACCGCAUUUAUAAUUGUGAGAUAGUUCGUGCACAGUUAUCUAAAACAUUGCGUCGCAAUACAUCCACCAUGUCUCGUCUCAGGUUUUGUUUGUUGUUAGUGGUACUAUGCAGUUGUUCGCAGUACGGUGCCGGUGAACCGAUCACAACACCAAAAACAAUCAUCAUUCCCGUGGAUCCUCACAAAGACUUGACCACCCCCGAACCAGAUACAACGCCCGCGCCUACUACGACUGCUGCGCCCACCACCCCACCGACGACACCCCCAACUAAGCCCCCAACUACGCCCCCAACUACGCCCCCAACUACACCCCCAACUACUAAACCCACGACGACCACAACACAAGCGCCAACUCCGGCCCCCACUCCAGCCCCAGCUCCAGCCCCAACCCCAGCCCCGGGACCCCUUCCUCCCCCAGACCAGGGAACAUGGAUGUACACGGACAGCAAGAAUGUGACCUGCAUCUUGGUGCAGUUUGCAGCUCAGCUCAAUGUGACUUACACCAAGGUUGUCGACAGUGUAACCUCUCUAUCGUACGUCAAAUUAAACGUGCCAGUAAACGCGACGGUGGUCAACGGCAGCUGUGCAGACGCCGACCAGUGGCUGAUAAUCAGCUGGAUGAGCUCCGUCAACUCGACCAUGGCCAACAACAUGACGUUUGUGUACCAGAGGAAUGAUACCACUAAGGAGUAUGGACUGAAGAGUUUGAAUGUGUCUCUAUCUCCUGACAACUUUGUUAAUGGAUCAUCAAAGGAGCCAAUGGACCUCUACCACGGCGCGGAGUGGCUGACUCCCCUGGCGACUUCUUACCGCUGCAAGCCGGAGACCCGCCUCAACAUGACCUCGGAGUCGGCCAGUGCCGUCGCCGUGCUCACGCUGUCGAGGCUGCAGGAGGAGGCCUACAGGACUGUGCCUGAUACCAAGUUCAGCGCUGCUCGUGAAUGCGGCGGCGGCGACGUCCCUGACGCGGUGCCCAUCGCCGUGGGCUGCGCGCUAGGCGGGCUGGUGGUGGUGGUGCUGGUGGCCUACCUGGUGGGCCGGCGCCGCUCCGCCGCCCGCGGGUAUCUCUCCAUGUAGGCUGUGCCUAAAGCAGCCGUUCGGAGAAUCGGCGAUAGUAGUCAAUACGUGAAAUGAAAAAAUAUAGAAAACAGUUAUACAUUGUUUGCAUCGCAUUUACCCGCACCUGACUAAACUACACCUGUCUAUCUCUCAUUAUUAUUAUUAUAUAGCCAUCUCAUUUAGCAAACAUAAAAAAAAAACUAAAGUAUGUCCUUUGAAAGGCCUGGUUAUUCUGCUUAUUAAUCGAAAUCAUCAGUAUUUGGCCGAAGUUAUCGGUCUAUGUGCAAACAUUAACGGCCAUUCCCCAAUACUCUAACCACCCCACUCAGAGACAUUUAAUGAUUACUUAAGUCACUCCUUAGUGACGAAUUGUCAUACAAAUCCUUCACUGAGGAAUGGCUUAAGCCACCAUUACUUAAGUAACCAUUAAAUGUCUCAGAGUGGGGAGGUAACUGAUGUUUUGUUGAGUUGGGAUAGAAUGUUGACAUCAGUGUUGCCUCUCUCUAUUAAGCAAAACCAACAGAUAGAUUGAAUAUGGAGACGGUAGUUAGGCGAAUACGUAUUCCCUUUUAAUCUCUAAUCCCAUAUUUUGUUUUACCUAUUUCCUGUUUUCGAAGUUUUGCACACUGACCGGUAAUUUUUGAAUAAAAAUUAUAAUAAAAUAGCUCAUGUAUUGAGAUAACAUUAUAAUUAAAAUUUUCAGUUUUAGCGGGCAGAUAGUGUAUAGUUGAAUUUGCUCAAAAUUAUAAAAAAAUACUGAUUAUUCCAUAUUUGAUUCAUUGAUUUUAAAAUAAUUCCUUCAAUUGGUUUCCUAUUAUAUGACUGUAUCCAUUAUCAAGUUUAAUUUCUUAUAAAACAGCUAUGUUAUGUGAAAAAUAAUAAAUCUUUAAAAAUUAUAAUACUUUAAGCCAUUUUCGUUUCGGCCAUAAUAGUGUAAAAAAGCUAUAAAAAUCCAAUUGAUAUAGAUACAGUAACAUUGUAAAAAUGUGAUGUAGUAGUAAUUAUUAACGAAGGAGGGUAGAAUAGUAUAUUAUGUUCGUCAAAAUUUGCAAUAAUUAUAUUAUUUAAAUAUUCAUGAUUUUUUAGACUUUUAUAUUUUGUAUGUGCUUUGUUUAGUCCAAAGAUGUUAUCAUUUCAGUUAUAUGCAAGUAUAACUUAACAUUGUAUGUAUAUGGAGUCAAUUUUUUUGUCGAAAAUAUCCAUAAUAUCCGUAAAUAUAAUAAUUAAAUCCGUUUUAGUUAUAGUUAGUCUAUAAUAAAAUGAAUGCAGUGUCUUUAUUUUAUUAGAAUUUAGUAUUCAGACUAUUUUAAGUGUAACAAUUUAAAGCUGGACAAUAUCAUUGCUGUAUUUAUGUAGAUCUGUGGUCACCAGUGUUGCCACGUAAAAAAAUAAAACAUCACCUAAGUACAAUGGAAAAAAUACUUAAAUAUACGAAAAGGAGCUCUUUUUGAGAAUGGCAACACUGAUAACCGCAGAAUGGACAUUUCAUUAAUACUGUGGUCUCAGAGUAUAAAUAAAUAAUAUUUGUAAAUGGCAAUGAAUUGCCCAGAGUUGGCAGUUUCCUUGCAGUCGAGGGUAUCAACAACUAAUACACAAUACUACAAUUAUAUCAAGUCUCGGCAAUAAUAUCGACUGCAGGUAGCUCGCCGGGUGAUGGAAGCGAAGGGUAUCGGGACCUAAGUUCCGCUUAGGACCUGAUAUACGGCCCACUUAUAAGACUUCUAUUUUUAACACUUGAUUGAUUCCUCUACCCAAACAGUUGGCCGUAUAGCAGGUUGGUGACAAACUUACUAAAAAUGUGACUUUAAUACUAAAACUAAGACAUCUCAGUUUAGUAUCAAAUAUUCAUUUUUUCGUAAGCCGUGCCGAUUGAUGUACACGAUUCGAAAAAAAGAAAUAAAUGUUUUUUAUUGCCA